GUAAGUUAAACCUCAUUUGUCAUUCUUUACAAAGCCGGAUAGGACAGUGAUCAUCUCUUAGCCUGUCUCAAAUCUUUAAACAUUUCUUCAUAGCUUCUAGUCUCAACUAAUAACUAGACUUCAUAAAUAAGGAUCAAUUAGUCCCAGAAGAGAUUUUGGGAGUUAUGCAGGUACAAGAUGAAUCAUCAUCAAACAAUGGUCCAAAAGUGCACAAACGGGAUCUUUCUUGGACGGAAAAGUUGGCUUUCACCGACAAGGCAGUCUAUGCGUUCUCGUUCUAUUUCACUGCUCAAACUAUUUUUGUAACAACCAAAGACUGGAAAGUGACAACUUUCACUGAGAAGUUGUCGGCUAUUGAGACCCUCAACCUGAAUAUUUACGUUUUAAUUCUGUCGUCAGAGCUGUUCGUGAUAACAGGCAAAUCGUCCAUCUUGAAAGAGUUGGUGGAAUCGAAGUAUUUCCAGUAUGAGAAUGACCAGAAAAGCGCUGAAGGUUGGUCAUGCUUUACAGGAAAUCUUCGUUUAAAUUAA